GAUCAUGCCCGUACAACAUUCAUUCUGUUAUAGUUUUAAACAAACUACAGGGUAAACUUUAUUUCAGAGUUGUACACCAAUAUACUAACAUGGUGACAGUUAGAAAGCGUUUUACAAUUUUACUGUUUUGCCUUAUAUUUACAAUUCAUAGGUUUGAUGCAAAGUCUUGCAAAGGGCGACCAUGUGCUGUACGGAUGCCGUUAAUGGACGAUAUGAAGGCUCCACUUGUAGCAGAACUUGACGUCUCCGAAGUUAAUAGAGAACUGAAACAGUUCAUAGAAAUAAGUAUUAAUUCAACUUUCAAUGAGAAUAUUGAAGAAAUGAUUGUUAACAACUUAGGGGUGCUCAAGUCUUUGAUGUUAAAGGAAUAUUCAGACGAAAAAAAUAGGACGAAACACAUGUAUGAUACAAAAAUUGUUAAUAUGAUUGAUAGUUUUAAAGCAAGACAGGACUAUUUAGAAACGGAAUUAAAGGAGUAUUCCUCUAAUUUAUCUAUUUCUGGGGAACACUUUGAGCAAAAAUUGAUAGAUUUGGUACGUGAUGUUGAGGGAAAAUUCGAUGCAAUGUUUCUUAAUAUGACCAGCCAUUACAAGCUAAAAAUCAGUAUACUUUCCGAAAGUUUGAAGAAGGAGUUAAUCGAUUUUCAGGAGAAUACAGAUGAAUGGAAAAAUAACAUUACUCAAACAUUAUUAGAACACGUAAUCAUUGAAGUGGCUAAUGGCAAAAACACAGAACAAAGUUCAGAAUAUCCACUCUCUUCGUUUCCUGCACGUAAUGCAGUUGAUGGUAGUCUUUCAUCAUUCUCACAUACUUCAUCACAAACUAAUCCAUACUGGUUUGUUGACCUUGGAACAGUGUAUGCAGUGAAAAGAAUAGAAGUCUUCGCUCGUAUAGACUGUUGUGGAUACUACAUUCAUGAUAUGGAUAUCACAGUUGGGUCAACGACUAACAAUAUGAAAUUGUGCACACAUUAUAAAGGUCCUGCUAGUACCAAGGAACGAAUUGUGUUAACCUGCAAUAAAACAGUAGAUGGUCGAUUUGUCAAACUAUCAAUAUUUGGAGAAAAAUCUAUAAUGGCACUUGCAGAAGUGAAAGUAUUUGCUUUUGUUUGAAUUUUUUAUAAACGUGUAAAGAUAAACUGCAUCCGAAUGAACAAUUUCAAACUGUCUACAUCAAUGUCAUAAUAUAUUUAUAUAGCUGUAUUGUAGAAAUUGUAAAUUAGUGGUGCAUUUUUAUUCCUUGUAGUUCUUUUAUAGUGGUUGAAAAUUCCUUUUUUGUGGAAACUGAUUCACCAAAGUUGUUAUCCAACGUUUAAACUUGAUAUGUAAAUAUGUAUGACAUACAUGUCUGCCUACAAAAAUAAAUUUAAUAAUCUGUAAAAGAAAACUAGUUGAUUAGAAUCUCAUUGAGAAUCUGAAGUUUAUAAUUACACAUCAUAAGUACAAGCAAAACUUAAACUUGCAGUGAGGUGAGAGUUUUUUUUUUUUGUCCCGUGUUGAAGGCAUCAUUGUGACUUUGAGAUGUAGAACAGCAAUAAAAGCUCUGUUUAUUA